AUGGUUGUUGAAGAUGAUGAUGAUGAUGAUGAUAACAUAGUUAUAUUUAUGAAACAGCCUAGGGAAAGUGGCAAACAGUCCCCAAGUUUAAAGGUUUUCCAUUAUACCAGAAAAGUACACUUCAAGAAUAAUGUUGGGACAGAGAUGUUUUUUGAUGCCAGUGGAGAUCCAGUAGCAGUUUUUGGAUUUGAAAACCAACAGAUAUUUCCUAAUGGCACAAUUAAAUGUGUACAAGUGGGCACAUUAAACCUUACUACCUUGGCUACUGCAGAAGUCAAAAUCAAUAGUAAUGCAAUCAUGUGGAAAGGAGGUUAUGGCUUGCCUCCUCACUCAGUAUGCAGUGAACCCUGUCCUUCUGGGUUCAGGAGGGCAAAUAGACCAAGACAGCCAGUCUGCUGCUUUGAUUGUGUACCAUGUUCCAAGGGGGAGAUUGCCAAUCAGACAGAUAGCACCAGCUGUGUACACUGCCCUGAAGAACUUUGGCCAGAUGACAACAGAGAAAAAUGCAAUCCGAAAAUCAUUGAUUUCCUCUCUUUUGAAGAUUCACUAGGAUCGUUAUUAACUGGACUAUCCAUUUCUGCUUCUUUCAUUACAUUAGCUGUAUUUUGCACUUUUGUUAAGUUCUGGGAUACUCCUUUGGUCAAGGCCAACAACCGUGAGCUCAGUUUCUUUCUCCUUAUCACACUUACACUUUGCUUUAUCUGUUCCCUGUUAUUCAUUGGCUAUCCAACACACAUCAGCUGUCUCCUCCGUCAGACUGCCUUUGGGGUCAUAUUUUCCAUUUGCAUCUCUAUUAUACUGUCAAAAACCACAAUUGUUAUAAUUGCUUUUAAUGCUAGAAAGCCAAACAGCAAAUGUCAGAGAUGGGUAGGAUCAAGAGUUGCGCCGACUGGAAUGAUCCCUUGCGCAUCAGCUAUACAAGUUGUUAUAUGUAUGAUUUGGCUAAAUUUUUCUGCACCAUUUCCACAGAAGAAUAUGAAAUCUGAAUCAGGGAAAAUAAUAAUGGAAUGUAAUGAAGGUUCUGCCAUUAUGUUCUUCUGCAUGCUGGGAUAUCUUAGCCUCUUGGCUAGCAUUUCCUUUAUAGUAGCCUUUCUUGCACGGAAUUUGCCAGAUCGAUUUAAUGAUGCCAAAUACAUUACAUUCAGUAUGCUUGUUUUUUUAAGUGUUUGGCUAACAUUUAUUCCAGCUUACUUGAGCACAAAAGGGAAAUAUACAGUCGCAGUGGAGAUAUUUGCCAUCCUAACUUCUAGCGCUGGGUUGUUAGUUUGCAUAUUCAUUCCCAAAUGUUACAUUGUUUUAUUUAAACCAGACCAGAACAUAAGAGAAAAGAUUACUGGAAAGUAAAGUAGCAUCAUUUGUAUAAGCAAUUUUCCAUAGACAAGUAUUGUUGCACUUGUUUCUCAGGUUCAUAGGUAAGUACUAGGCUAGUGGCCAUUGUGGGCCAUUUUAAACCUGACCAAUUU